AUGCCAUCUCCGAUUAUAUUCUACGACCUCCCCUCGACCUUGUCGGUGAAUGCAUGGUCUCCAAACACCUGGAAGACCCGAUUGGCCCUGAACAUCAAGGGUGUUGCGUACAAGACCGAGUGGGUCGAGUACCCUGACAUUGAAGCUCUUGCCAAAAAAAUCGGGGCGCCAGCAACAGGCACCAAGGCUGAUGGCAGCCCAUCAUACACCCUCCCCAUCAUUAAUGACCCCAACACUGGGAAGGUCGUUUCUGACUCCUUCCUCAUCGCCGAAUACCUUGAUGCGACUUACCCGAGUGGAACAACCUUGUUUCCUCCCGGCACAAAACCGUUGAUGGCAGCUUUGGAGGCUGGUGUUAUAGGAAGCAUUGGAAGCGUUUUGCCUUACCAGCUCGCCACCAGCUGCUACAUCCUGAAUCCCUCCAGUGAGAAGUACUUCAGAGCAACCAGAGAAGCCACCUACGGGAAGAAGAUUGAGGAGUUCUCUCCUGCUGGCGCUCAGCGUGACGCUGACUGGGCCAAGGCUAAGGAAGGCCUUGUUGCUGUAGACGGCUGGCUGUCAUACAAUGGGAAAGGGAAGUUCGUCAUGGGCAACACUGUGACGUAUGCAGAUGGUAUCCUCGGAGCGUGGCUCAUGUGGAUCAGAGUUACCAAUGGUGAAAAUAGCGCUAUAUGGAAAGAGGUCGCUAGCUGGCAUGGAGGGAGGUGGGGCACCUACAUUACCAACUUGUUGCCUUUCGCGACAGUCGUGUAA